UUUCAAUUUCUUUGCGAAAGAUGUAAGAGGAUUCUAGAAGAUUCGUGACGGCAACGCGGCUUCCGUAUAAAAGCCGCGCUGCUGCUGCAGCUCGCUUCCAUUCGAAGCUGUUAAUAUUCCGAAAGCUGCAGACCGAAGAUGUCCUUCCUACCGUUGAUUCUGCCCAACCCGUACAAUUCAGCGCGCCUGUUGAACCAACAGUUCGGAUUCUCCCUUCAGGAGGAGGAGGAUUAUUUCGCGCCGUUUACCUCGCCUGCAGAGUGGCGAGCUAUGAUGCAACGGUCCGGAAAUUAUCGGCAUUCUGCGACCGACGUCGACGACGAAUCCUCGAUUAACAUGGACAAAGAUAAGUUUCAGGUGAAUCUGGAUGUGCAACAAUUUAAGCCAGAAGAGAUUUCUGUCAAAAUCACAGGGAAGAGUGAGAUUACUGUGGAGGGAAAACACGAUGAGCUGCAGGACGAACACGGAUUCAUCUCCAGGCAUUUCGUGAGGAAGUACAUCGUUCCGCAGGAAUGCAAUAUCGAAGAAGUCAUUUCGCAGCUCUCCUCUGAUGGUGUCUUGUCCAUCACCGCACCAAAGGACAAGUCACCAGACAGCAUCAACAAAGAGAUCACUAUCACUCAGACCGGAAAACCGGCCAUUGAUAUCCUCGAGAAGAAGAUAUGAAAAAGAUUUUCUUCGCUCACGCUGAUUCAACAGCCGUUGAACUGUAAACGUUUCUUUCAAUUGUCUAAGAUAUUAUUUAAUU